AUGUGUAACGCUUUUCUGCCAUUCAUCAGUGUGUUAUUCUUACUUAUCCAAGCAUCCAUGCAAAAGAACAAGUUGAUGGCGGAUUUGAAUAAAGACAUAGAAGACAAUAAAAAACUCUUGAUGGAACGCAUGGAUAUACUCACAAAUGCUUCAGAGAUUUACAAUAAAACACUAGAAAGCCUCAGGAACUUGGAAGGAUGGAAUCAAGACUGCAUUGAACCAACCAAACAGGACUAUAAACUAAAGAAAUCUGAAUAUCCUGAAGGAAGUUGUGAUCAGUUAGGAAGAGAAAGUAAACAAGUUCUGAAUCGUUUACUGAACGAUAUUAAAAAACAACUUGAAAAUGAAAUAAAAUCCACUUAACGGUUCGAUGGAAUUUAUCUGUGAACGUUGGUAUUGCUGACUAUCGACU